CUCUCCAUCCACGCAGUCACUCCAUCUCCUGCCUGACGCGCAGCACCUCCCCUCCAACGGCUCCUUCCUCCACUUUUCACCAAGUCCGGGACUAAGACAGAGCAGCUCUCUCUCCCUCCAACCCCCCGAACGGCAGACGCCAACGUACACAUGCGGUGAAUACUUGACAAGUUGACUCCCGCUGGAACAAACGCGCACCAUGGGACCGUGGCGAUCGCGCGGCACUUUCCCGCUUUUCUUUGCUCUGCUGCUGACGCUAAAAGCCCCCCGAGGCAAGUUCGGGGCUCAGGCGGGGAUAAGUUCUGCAGCAGACGGGAGGUUCGAUCGGAUCGGGUGGGAAAACGGCAGAGAAGUUUUAACCGGCGUUUACGGCGAGUGGGUUGAGAAGCCGGAUCCGCCUGGCGAGGCGUCGAAAACGGAACCAAACUACCCGAAAACGCCGAGACUUCACAACAACCAUGUGGUCAAAAGGAGCGCGGAGGCUCCCGAAGGGGUUUCCAACUACAGGACCGAGUACCGGCGCGUUGGGGAGGAUGGCAAAGGUCCGCACCCGAGGCAGAGUGAGCCCCACUUGGACACCUCCACCUUUGCUCUGUCGGGGGAUUCUGCACACAACCAGGCGAUGGUGCACUGGUCCGGACACAACAGCAGCGUGAUCCUCAUUCUGACUAAGCUGUAUGACUUCAACCUGGGGGCCGUGACCGAGAGCUCUCUGUGGAGGUCGAGCGAUUACGGAAGCACCUACACCAAACUCAAUGACAAGGUGGGCUCCAGGACCGUCCUGAGCUAUCUCUACGUGUGUCCCACCAACAAACAGAAGAUAAUGAUGCUCAGCGACCCGGAGGUGGAGAGCGCCGUUCUCAUCAGUUCGGAUGAGGGGGCAAGCUUUGAGAAGCAUCCCAUUAGCUUCAACAUCCUCAGCCUGCUCUUCCACCCGGCGCAGGAGAACUGGAUCCUGGCCUACAGCCACGACAGCAAGCUGUACAGCUCAAUGGACUUUGGGAAGAAGUGGCAGCUUGUGCACGACAACGUGAUGCUGGGACGAUUCUACUGGGCCGCAACGGGGCUGGACAGAGAGCCGGACGUGGUCCACAUCGAGACUCGCAUCUCAAAAGGCCGCGCUCAGUACGUGAAGUGCAGAGCCCAGCGGUGCACGGAGGCCAACAGACAGUACCUCUUCCCCGGAUACGUGGACACUAACUCCUUGGUGGUGCAGGAUGAAUAUGUUUUCACUCAGGUAACCAAGUCCGGACGAGCCAGCUACUAUGUGUCCUACAUGAGAGAGCCGUUCAAGCGCAUGCAGUUACCUAAAUAUUGUCUGCCAAAGGACAUGCAUAUUAUCAGCACAGAUGAGAAGCAGGUGUUUGCGGCAGUCCAGGAGUGGAACCAGAACCACACUUACAGCUUGUACAUCUCUGACUCGCCCGGGGUCUACUUCACCCUUUCACUGGAGAACCUAAGGACCACCAGAGGACCGACUGGAAACCUGCUGGUGGACUUCUACAAGGUGGAGGGAAUAAACGGCAUGUAUCUGGCCAACAAGCUGGUGGAUCAUCGCGUCAAGACGUUCAUCACAUACAACAAAGGACAAACGUGGGCUUUGCUGCCGGCUCCUGCCGCCGACGUGGCCGGGAAUAAUAUCCACUGCGUUACGCCUUUUUGUUCGCUGCAUCUUCAUCUGGAGAUGUCAGAGAAUCCCUACACCUCCGGACCCAUCACCAGCAAAAAGUCCGUACCCGGAAUCAUCGUGGCAACAGGGAAUAUCGGAACGGAAUUGUCCUCGGCCAACCUUGGAAUGUUUAUAACGUCUGAUGCAGGAAAUAGCUGGAGACAGAUAUUUGAUGAAGAGCACAACAUUUGGUUCCUUGACAAUGGAGGCGCUCUGCUGGCCGUGUUGCAGGCGCCCACUCCCAUUCGACACUUGUGGAUCAGUCUAGACGAAGGCAAGAAAUGGGACCGCCACACUUUCUCGCUGGCUCCUCUCUACGUGGAUGGAGUCUUAAUGGAGUCUGAGUCGGACAAUCACAUUAUCACUUUCUUUGGACACUUCAGUCAUCGGUCAGAGUGGCAGCUAAUGAAGAUAGACUACAAGGGCCUGUUCAGUAGGAGAUGCAUGGAUGGAGAUUAUCAGACAUGGUUCCUGCACAACAAGGGUGAGAUGUGUGUGAUGGGUGAGAAGCAGACCUAUAUGAAGCGCCGACCCGGAAACCGCUGCAUGCUGGCCCAGGACUAUUCCAGAAUCUAUUCAUCCGAGCCGUGCCAAUGCACCACCUACGACUUUGAGUGUGACUACGGCUGGGAACGCCGCACGGAUGGAAAGUGCUCUCCAGCUUUUUGGUUUAAUCCAAACAGCGCGGCUAAAAGCUGCAGCACGGGACAGAGCUUCCUCAACAGCACAGGGUACCGUAAGGUUUUGUCCAAUAACUGCAAAGAAUCCGGACGGAACGUGUACUCUCCCAGACGCCAGGCGUGCCGUCCCAGACCACCCAGAGGCCUCCGCUUGACCACGGGCGGAAGCAGCGGCGGCGGCGGCGGCGAGCUGAGUGCUCGCGUAGGAAGCAACGUGACGUUCAUGAUCCACCUUGAAGAAGGAGACUCGCUGAGGACCAGCAUCCAGCUGGACUUCGGGGACGGAAUCCGGAUCACUUACUCCAACCUGAGCCGAGCCGACGACGGCAUCAAGCACAUCUACAGAGCGACCGGGAUUUACCGCGUGACCGCCUCGGCUGAGAACAGUCAAGGAUCUGACAGCUGCACGCUCUUCUUACACAUCACCAGUCCAGUGGAGCGUGUUUAUCUCUCUGCCCCCAUUAUGGCCGUCAGGGGGAAGGAGACCAACCUGACUGCGGUGGUUUGGCCGAGUCACAUCAGAACCUUGACCUUCUUCUGGUGGAUUGCCAAUAGCUCCGAGCCAAUCAUAACACUGGAGGGGAGUAUCUCCUACACGUUUCAGAAAGAGGGAACAAACAAGGUCACGGUCCAGGUGGCUUCUGGGAGCACUGUGAUGCAGGACUCCCGAGUCCUAACAGUGAAAGAGUUCUUCAGGUCGCUGCUGCUGUCAUUCUCGCCGGCGCUUGACGAGCACAAUCCUGACAUCCCGGAGUGGCGGGAGGACAUAGGCCGCGUGGUGCAGACAACUCUGUCACAGGUUUCUGGUGUUCCUGCCAAUCAGCUGCUGGUUUCUUUGUAUCCCGGACUUCCAACCACGGCGGAGCUUUUCAUUCUGCCUAAUGUGCUCACACCAGAGGAGCAGAAUGAACUGCAGACGAUAUCAGAUGUAUUUGUCAACAUCCUGAACCAAGAUCUGGUCCAGUUUGAGCUGAAGGCUAACACUCGCAUCACGGUGUACAUCACUCAGCAAACACUGGCACCACUGGUGGAUUCCAACAUCCUCCACAGUGGGUCAGCAAUGUUGGUGCUUCUCUCAGUGGUCUUUGUCGGCUUAGCUGCAUUCUUCAUUUACAAGUUUAAAAGGAAAAUCCCAUGGAUCCACGUGGAGACCGAGGACAGUCAGGAAAAGGAGCCCGAAGUGAUCAGCACAGUCAGUCAGAACGACAACAUGUCCAAGGUCAAGCUCAGUGAGUUUCCCUCUGAGAAGGAAUUCAUGGAAAAAGAGCUGGAGGCCAGGAAAAGAGGAACAAUGGGAAGGAACAUGGAGAGAAUUGUCACAAGGGAAUACCCAAACUGUACUAACGUCUAAGACAUGCACACUGUAACCCAGUAAGUACAGAUUGUCGUGUUUCCACUGUGCUGCAAUUGUUGGCUUUAUUAUGAUUACUAUUACUAUUAUUAUUUCAUGCUGAUGGUCGCUAUACUGUAAAUCAUGUUUUCAAGUCUAAAGCCUAGAGUAGGUAUCUACUUGACACUACUUGAUAAGGAUUCAUCUACCAAGCUAGACUGUGAAGGAACUGUUCCGGGGCAACAUGAGGACUUUAGUAGGACAUUGUACAAAAAUGUAAGCUUGGUAGUUGAUAUGGUGAAUUUCUAUAUACCGAUAGCAGUUGCUACAUAUACGUAGAUGACACGUUGCUGGGUAAAGUAACAUAAAUGGUCAAGGCCCACACAUGGAUCUUCUUAUGUUCCAUUAAUAGUUGGCCGUAGGAAACAUUGUCAGCCAUGUGUUCUGUUCCUGUGUAUAUCAGUCGUGCACUGUGAACCAACACCAUUGUCACUUCUUGCUGUCUGAUGAUCUGACCAUGAACUUGUUCAUAAAGUUGUCUGGUGCAGAUUCCCAAUAUUGCAGUCUGUCCAAUCAUUGUGUCCCUGUGCAUAUUGCUAUAUUAUCAGUCUUUUUUAAAAACAAACAACAACAAAUUAUAUAUAUAUAUAUAUAUAUAUACACACAUACAUAUAUACACACUGUAUAUACACUUUACACAAUAGACAUUAUUGUGUAUUGAGUCAUUUUCAGUACUGUAAAGUACUGUAGUGCUGGAAAGUACUGCAAUCCUUUGUUUUUCACGAGUGAAUGAAUUUCUGCAAAGUAGGAUUCCUUAUCCCUGAAUGGAAUCAAUGUUUGGAAAAACCCUAUAGAUUGAGGAUGCGAUGUUGAUGUGUCCAUCCGCCAAAUGUCCAAUAAAUGGGCUUGAAAUCUUCAUGGUGUAAAAGUCUUAACUGUCAUACAAGCACCAAAAUAAGUUCAUCACUGACAAUACGAGGACAUAAAAUUGAAUGUAAAUGUGAGUUGAUGAAGACUAGAAUGCGACAGGAUUUGGCGUGGCAGAAGCACCUUCCAUAUGUCACUUUUUAACUUCUUGACGGUCACACCGUGUACCAAGAAAUGAACCAAUGUAACGUCAUCCCUCGUUUGACCGUGUUCAAUGAAUUUCCACGAUAUAGGAUUCAUUGUUAAUAAACUGAAUAUUUUACCUCUUUAUGACUUUACAAAUACAUUUAUUAACAUUAUGAGAGCCCUGUAAACAUGACAUAACAUCCCUAUGGUCACCUUGUGCUAUUCAUUGUUUACAUUCAUUGUUUCACAUUGCAAAUCUGAUGCUGCAGAGAGACCCGAGACGGCUGCAGUCAGCCUCAAAUUUAUUGACUUAUUGCUUCUAAACUUAAAAAGCCCAAAACCUACCACUUCCACACGGAAUGGGGGAAGAUUUUUUCAUCUCUCGAUC